AUGCCAAAGUUAAUUUUAGUUAGACAUGGACAAUCCGAAUGGAAUGAAAAAAACUUGUUCACAGGAUGGGUUGAUUGCCGUUUAUCUGAAGCUGGAAGGAAGGAAGCACAUAGAGCCGGAGAAUUAUUGAAGGAAGCUAACUUAGUGGCAGACGUUUUAUAUACGUCUAAAUUAUCAAGAGCUAUCCAGACUGCUAACAUUGCUUUGGAUGCAGCAGAUCAAUUGUAUGUUCCUGUCAAGAGAUCAUGGAGAUUGAACGAGAGACACUAUGGAGCCUUGCAAGGUAAGGAUAAGGCACAAACAUUGGAGCAAUUUGGUAAGGAGAAGUUCCAAAUUUGGAGGAGAUCUUACGAUGUUCCACCUCCAGAAAUUCAUGACCAUUCUGAAUUCUCCCAGGUUGGUGACAUCAGAUACUCUGACAUUGACCCAGCCGUAUUGCCUAAGACCGAGUCUUUGAAAUUGGUUAUUGAUAGGUUAUUACCAUACUGGCAAGAUGAAAUUGCUGGAGAUUUGUUGUCAGGUAAGGUUGUAUUGGUCGCUGCCCAUGGUAACUCCUUGAGAGGCUUGGUCAAGCACUUAGAUAACAUAUCUGAUGAUGAAAUUGCCGGCUUAAAUAUUCCCACUGGUAUCCCAUUAGUUUAUGAAUUAGACAAUGAAUUGAAGCCAACCAAGCCAGCUUACUAUUUGGACCCAGAAGCAGCAGCAGCAGGUGCAGCAGCUGUCGCUGCUCAAGGUCAAAAGAAGUAA